AUCCGUAUACAUUUAUUAGUUUCGGUUUCGAUUUGAAGUUUGCUUCCCAGCUAAACAUUAUUGAACAUAUUUUCAAGAAGUUAACUAGUACCCUCGGUACAGUUUGCUACCACGAGUUACCGCCUUUUGAAAAAAAAAUAUAUUUUUAGGAAAUGUUUUGACUGUAAACAGAUAUUGUUAUUAAUUGUUAUUCAGUUUGAAAUCCACAGUUAUGCCUAAAACGAGCCAAAGCAAGCCAGCAGGUGCUGUGUGUGACUGUUGAAGACGCACGCCGGCGCACGCAACGCAGGUUGAAAAUUUCGAACUUGUGGAGUGCACUUCGCAAACUUUACGUGGUGUUAACCGCGAAGGAAGCUGAACACAACUUGGAUCCCUGGUGUGCCCGCCGAAGCUGUUCUUCCCCUGUGCGGACUAGCCGACGGCGCAAGCAGUGCUCGCAGUGGGGUUGGCCAAGAUGAAGAACGAAGACGACAAGUUUCACUCGGGCUCAGACAGAUCUGACCGAUCGCGCUCGUCCAGCCACUCCAAAAAGUUCCGGAUGAACGAGGGCGACUGGCUGUGCGCCGAUUCCCAGUGCGGAAAUGUGAACUUUGCUCGAAGAAGCAGCUGCAACCGUUGUGGAAAGGAAAAAGCGGAACUCCUGUCCAAGCGCAAGCUGGGCCACGAGAUUGGCAAGGCUGCCGCCGAAAAGAGCCGGGGCCUCUUCAGUGCCGACGACUGGCAGUGCGGCAGGUGCGGGAACGUGAACUGGGCCCGGCGGCAGUCAUGCAACAUGUGCAACGCCCCAAAGUUCGGAGAAGUGGAAGAGCGCACGGGUCUCGGCGGUGGCUACAACGAACGCGAAGACGUGGAAUACGUGGAGAGGGAGGAGUCUGACGGAGAGUACGACGACUUUGGCAGAAGAAGGAAGAAAGCCCGAAGGGAGGUGGCGCCACAGUCUGCGGCCAAACCCAGCAGCCAGCCCCCCGCCAAGGAAGAAGAGGCGGGAGAGGAGGAUGAGGAGGAGGAGGAGGGGGACGACGGUGACCUGUCCAAGUACGACCUGAGCGGCUGGGGGGAGGAAGAGGAGGGCGACUCCAAGGGCUCCUCCGGGGGCAGCUCCUCGUCCAGCUCCUCCUCCAGGCGCUCCUCACGCUCCUCGUCCGACGACAGGUCUUCCUCCCGCUCCAGGUCGGCGUCGAGGGACUCGUCGUCGAGGCAGUCUGGCAGUGGGCCGGCGCCGGAAGCGAGGGCGGACCGAUCGCGGCCCAGGGAAAGGGACCGAGGCGGCCAAUCGCAGCCCCGCAAGAACUGAAGCCCCGCCCACCCCAAAGCUCCGCCUACCCCUGCCUGUUCUGCGGAUAACGCCGCCGCUUUUGGGGGCUCCUGGGGCCAGUCUUCCCCCGCAGGUUGGCCACACGAUGGCGCCGGCAAGACGCACUCAGAAUAAAGGGGAGUCUGACUGCGUCUCUUCACUCGGCAGCAGUUUGUGCGAGCGCAGUUUCUUCAGUGGCCGUCAGAUUGUGGAGAAGCUGGGGGGACACUGCAGAGAACAUACUAGUUAACUAAAUCAUUAACUAAAGUUCACUAGUCAAGUUUUUAAUUAAUGAAGAAAACAUGUGGUUCCAAUGAGGAACCUACUGAUCAUUGUCGGAAACCACUAGAUCAACUCAUUUUAGAAAGAUAUAAGACAGGUGCAGCAUUUUACGGCGUUCUGAAAAAACACUUGAUUUGGGCACGUUUCUAGGUUUCGGCUUUCUAUCGGAGUGCAUCUUUGUACCUGCGUCAGUGUGUCAUCCUUCCUUCCAUCCUACGAGGGAGGCGAGGGGGUGGCUUAUCACCUCGGAGCAAACUUUCUUAUCGGAGCAAAGAUGCGCUCGAAUAGGAAACUGAAAUCUAGAAAAGGGUCCAAAUUGAGCGUUUUCUUGGAACACCGUAAAAUGCUGCACCUGCCUUAUAUCUUUCUAAAAAUUAGUUUAUAUGUUUUUUUUUUUUAUGAUGCUCAAAAAGUUUUUCAUUUGAGCCAUGUUUUUAUUUUCACUAAUUAAAAAGAUAAUUGGUAAAUUUUAGGUCAUUCUUUAGAUAAUUAGUAUGUUUUUCGCAAUGUCUGUCGUCUGCCGUGGCUGGUAAUCUGUGUCCGGAAAACAUUUUUUUUUUUUAUCAAUUACCAUAUUUUUUAGCUAUCUUUGAAUCUUCGUUGGGUAUGCACUGAAGUAAUGACACUUUCAAAUUGUUUACAAUCUGAAAUGCGUACUAUACAUUCGGUAGGGUCGUCCCAUUAUUGGAUAGCCAGAAUUAAGCUCAAUUGAAAAUUGUUUUGUGUGAUUUAAAGGCAACCUAUUUUUCUGUUUGGGAUUCUGACUGGCAAAAUUAGAAUGAAACAGAAGUGAAAGCUGACCUUUAAGAUGGGGAUUAUAACAGUACUGAUUAAGAAAAGGUCGCUGGUAAACCUCACUUAAGUCAGAUUUUUCAGCGACAGUGUACUUUGUUGAAUGUGUUUUCAAAAUUACUUUAGUGUCCCUCUAGGUGUGCUUCUUUUCUAUUGUUUGGUUCUGUCAGUCCAAGUACUAUUCCUCUAUUUUGACUUUCAGUGUAGUCGCAAGGGCUAAGCCUUUGCCGUUCUCGAGCAUUGUGUUUUUGUAGUUGGGAUAAAAGUUGAAUUGACCAAUAUGUGAUUCGAAGAAUGUGUGGCCUAAUCAAACUAUAUUUGCAUUUUUAAUUUUAUGUUCUCGGUUCAGCACUUUGAGAUACCCUACAAAAUGUCUGCCUGACGAACUUGAUAAAAAAAAAAAAUGUCUGCCCUGCUCAUAAUAAAAGUAUACUCUUGCCAAUGCAGCUUAAAGGGCGCGAGGGGUACAGUAUUGCACUUGUAAAGCCGUUCAUCACUUUGGCUAUUCAAUAAAAAGAUGCCUUGCAGUGGUGACACAUCUGACACCACAAAUGUAGCAACAGCUCGGAGUUGAGGAAGAGGGAGAAUGGCAGCAUAAAGAGACUUUCUUCCCUAUGCACCUGCUGCAUGUAAAAACUGCUGCACUUGUCUGGCGCGAGAAUUAGACCUUUUGGCUGCUGCAUUUGUUCUACAGUUGUUGCCAUGUUCCAGGGUUUGUCACAAACUGCUGUUUUACAAAAGGGCUGCUAAAGGCAGAGCCUUGAAACAUAAUAAAAGCUGUCUGGAUCAUGA